AUGACGGAAACAAAGGAUGUUGAAAUGAAGGAUGCCGAGAGUAGCGGCUCAGUAGAUACUUUGGCCAAUACUAGGAGUCUCGUUGAAGAAAUUGAGCAGUCUUUUAUAUUAUUGGACAAGGCUGCGAAUUCUUUUGACAAUAGAUACGUCUCAAAGGUAUUGCGGGACUUCACCCCCUUGAGGAAAAAAUUAGUUUUGUAUGAGCAAGCUUUGCCUACAGUUGUGAAAAACAGAUACUUUGCUCUGAACCCGUCCAAGGACUAUCUUCUUGGUCUUUUACAAGCAAAGCCAUUAGAUGAUAAAGAGGCAAUUAAAAUAAAAAAUGGCAGCGGAAAUGACAAAAAUAGCAGCAGUAGUAGUACCCCAGACAUGGAGUUGUAUAUUAACUUAUUGGUGCAAGUGAAUCUUUUGGAUACUGGCAAAGUUGAGCAAUUGAAUGAAUUGAGCCCGCACUUGAUUUUGUUGAUGAAAUCAUUCAAUAGACGUUCAUUAGACUUUAUCCAAGCAAAAGUUUGGUUCUACAUUUGUCGGGCAAAAGAAUUAGUUGGCGAUUUAGAUUCCAUAAGAGCAGAUUUGUUAUAUGGCUUGAGGACGGCUAGUUUGAGGCAUGAUACUGAGACAACUGCUUCGAUAAUCACUUUAUUACUUAGGAACUACUUGUUGUCGCACAAGAUACAGCAGGCAUCAAAUUUAGUUGAAAAGACGCAAUUUCCGGAAAAUGCAGCUAAUGCAUUAGUUGCUAGAUACUACUACUAUCUAGCUCGGAUUAAUGCUGUUCAAUUGAACUACUCCACAGCUCAUGAAUACGUUAUUACUGCAAUAAGAAAAGCACCGCAAACCCAACUGGCCAAUGGAUUUAUCCAAAGUGCAACGAAAUUGAACGUUGUUAUUGAUUUGCUUAUGGGAGAGAUUCCUGAGCUUAAAGUGUUUAAGAAUAAGACUGGCAAUUUUGAACCUUACUUCAAAGUGACACAAGCAGUCAAGUUGGGUGACUUGCACUUGUUUGGAGACGUGUUGAAAAAAUACGAGUCCUUGUUUAAGAAGGAUGACAAUUUUACAUUGGUUUCAAGGUUGCGUCAAAAUGUCAUAAAAACAGGAGUCAAGAUUAUUUCCUUGUCCUAUUCGAAAAUCUCAUUAAAAGAUAUUUGUAUCAAAUUGCAUUUAGAUUCGGAAGAGGCGACCGAGUACAUAGUGUCGAAAGCUAUUAGGGAUGGUGUUAUUGAAGCAACCAUAAAUCAUCAAAAGGGCUACAUGCAGUCCCGAGAGUUGUUGGAUGUAUAUUCUACAAAGUUACCACAAGCCGAAUUUGACAAGAGAAUCAAGUUUUGUUUAAGUUUACACAACGAUAGUGUGAAAUCAAUGAGAUUUCCAAAUGACAAUGAAAACAAAAAUAUCAGUAAAGAAAUUGAGCCUAGUGACGAGGUAGAGUUGUUGAAGGCAAUUGAAGAUGGUGACUUGGAUGACUUUAUGGAUUAA